AUGCAAUGCUCCAGAGACAGGGAUUUCGGCCAGGGUAAGAUCGUUCACUGCCAAAUCCAGCAGACGCUCCACAGGCACGAUAGGUUCCUCUCCAAUCUCCUCGUCGAGAUGUACGCGCGCUGUGGCAAGAUCGAGGAGGCUAUGGCGGUGUUUGAGUCGAUCUCCUCCCCAAAUAUUUACUCCUGGAACAUGAUCCUCGCGGCCUUCGCCACAAACGGGCAUCCAGAUCGAGCGGCCGCAACAUUCCACCGGAUGCCACAGCGCGAUGUCGUCAGCUGGAACCAGAUCCUCCAAGCGACAGCUCCGAUCAGCUAUGGCGGCGGCUAUGGCGUGUUUUUGAGGAUGCCAAUGCACAAUGUGAUCUCUUGGACGACGCUCAUCGUGGCUUCUUCACACCAAGGGCAUUUGCGGGAGGCCAAGGAUCUCUUUGACAGGAUCCCAUCGCGUGAUCCACUCUGCUGGAACACGCUAGCGCAGGGCUACAUUCUCGUCGGAUUGAUCACUGCCGCCAUUGGUGUCCUUUUCAAGAUGCCACUCCACAAUCUCUUCUCGAUGAACGCGAUGGUCACAGCCAGUGCCGCGACCGGGGAUCUAGUCGGCACUAGGAAGGUCUUCGAGGAAGUGAUCGCGGAGAGAAAUCUGGUGACUUGGAACACGAUGCUAGCAGUCUACUCCGGCACUCUCGACGAAUCCAACAGGAUUUUCGCGAGGAUGCCUCAUCACGACAUGAUCUCCUGGAACUCUAUCGUUACAGCGCACUGCCGGCACGGCCUCGUCGAUCGCGCCGGUGAUCUCUUCCACAGGAUGCCAGAGAAAAGCAUCGAGGCCUGGAACAGCCUCGCUCGAUCCAAGGCCGAGAACGGGCAGCUCCAAGAAGCGGUAGAGCUGCUAGAGUCGAUCGAUCGACUGGAUCUCUUCGCAUCCAACACAAUGAUCCUCACUUAUGGCGAGGCCGGUCGACUGGAUCGGGCAAAACGAGCUUUUGAUCAUAUGCUCCAGAGGGAUGUUGUCUCAUGGUCAUCGAUGAUCACAGCGCUUGCCCAAAGCGGGCAUUUGGAUGCUUCGCUCUCGGGCUUUGAUCGAAUGCCCGCGCGAGAUGUUCCGGCUUGGAACGCAAUGAUCCAGAAUUUGGGCCAGCUUGGAUGCACAAGAAAAUCAAAGUUUGUGUUUGAUCAGAUGCCGGAACGAGGGCUGGAGUCUUGGACAACGCUCAUCUCAGCAUUUGCCGCGCACGGGCAUUUUCACGAGACGAAGCUUGUCUUUGAUCGGAUGCCACAGCUCGCGAUUCACUCCUGGACGCUCCUUUUGGGUGUGAUUGCAAGGCAGGGAGACAUUCACGAUCCAGCAUCCAUCCAGAAAAUCGAGCAGCAUCACGACGUGGUUUCCGCGACUGCAAUCGUCUCAGCCUAUGCUCGAAACGGGCAUUUUAGUCUAGCGAUGGUUUCUCUCAGAUCGAUGCUGCUCCUGGGAUUGUCUCCCAAUGAGGUAACCUUCACUGCUACUCUUGCGGGGUUGAGCGACGCAGGGCUCGUAGAAGUCGCCCGAGACCACUUUGUCUCCAUGGGCGUGGACUAUUUCGUGGCUCCCAACGAGGAACACUACGCUUGCCUCGUCCAGCUCCUCGGCAAGGCCCGCCAGAUUGAGAGGGCUGAAGAGCUGCUCUACACCAUGCCGUUUGUGCCGGAUAUGGUGGCUUGGACGAGCUUGCUGGAUGCUUGCCGGGCAUUUGGGGAGAUCGAGCGAGCUAUCCGGCUUGCAAGAGCGGCAAUAGAGUGGGAUCCUGGACAGUCGCAGCCUUACGUCGUUCUUCACAACGCAUUUGCCGAGGCCAAUGUGGAGAAGAACUUCGCGAGAUGA